UGAAGAGUAUCCUCCGCUCAGAAUUGCUGCCCGGCUGCUGGGGGACGAGAGAGGCUGCCUGGAGCUAAUUCAAAGCUUCUCUCUCUCACUCCUCCACCUCAGUGUGGUGGCACUGAGGAGGCGAGGGCGCUGCUGGGUGGCUGCUGGCUGCCUGGCUCUCCCUGCUCAGCUCCGGACUCGUGCCUCUCAGUUGUCCUCAUCCAGGCACAAUGAAGAUGUCAAGUCUGGGCUUAACUUUUCUCACUUUGCCGCUUGUCGUCCAAGCAAGCACAGCAGGUCUUUGGUGCUAUGAUUCGCAAGAUCCAAAAUGCGGCCCUUUGUAUUGGAAGGAUAUUACAAAGAGCUGUGGGGGAGAUAACCAGUCACCCAUUAACAUUGAUAGAAGAAAAACUCAACGGGACAGGAGCCUUGAUGAAAUCUCAUUCGAAGGUUAUGACCAGGCCCCUGCUGGCAGAUGGAAACUCGUCAACGAUGGUCACACAGUGACGAUGAACUUGGAUGGAGCCUCUGCUGCAGAACAAAUCAAUAUCACCAAAGGAGGGCUUCAGGAUACCUACCAGGCCCUGCAGUUCCACUUCCAUUGGGGGGAUUUCAACAAAAAUGGUUCAGAGCACACUAUCGAUGGACGCCAAUACCCAAUGGAGCUACACCUUGUUCACAUGAACACCAAGUACAAAACCUUAAGUGAAGCAAAAGGACACCCAAAUGGCUUGGCUGUCUUAAGCUUCUUGUUUAAGGUGUCAGAAAUGGAUAACACCAAUUACAACACAAUUGUUGCUGGGCUCAAAAACAUAUCUCGUGCAGAGACUUCAGUUGACUUGGCAUCCACGUUUCCGCUGAGCAACCUUCUUCCCAACACAGACUCGCUGUCCAAAUAUUAUCGCUACAAAGGUUCCCUCACCACCCCUGGAUGUGAAGAAGUGGUUGUCUGGACUGUCUUUGAAGAACAGAUCCCUAUCAGCAAGCCUCAGCUGAAUGCAUUUGUGAACACUCUUUACUUCAAAACUGCAGCAAAGUUAUUGAAAAUGACCAACAAUUUCCGUCCACCACAGCCUCUGAAAAGUCGCAAAGUCUAUGCGUCCAAAGAUGCCACCAUCAGCCGCAGCCCACCACUGGCUGCCAAUUUUCUCUUUCCUCUACUUUUGGCUUUUCUAACUGGCCAAUUGUCUGGCCUCUGUUAACUGUCUUGGCCAAUCGUGACCAACUGUUCCUUCAUAGCUUUUUCAUAGCCAUGUUUCUUCACUGUGAUUCUUUUUCUAGCACUGAAUUGAACAAAAACAAUAAGAGAAAGUCAACUGAUUGGGAAAGGGAAGAAAGCAAAAUAUGGCUAUUAUAUUUAUGGUUUUUUAAUCAAAAAACAAAACCCAAACAGCUUUCAUUCUCCUGUAUGGGAAGGCCAGUAGAGCAUGCUUUGCAUGGAUAAAGUCCUGGUUUCCAGUUCCUGGCAUCUUUCAUUGAAACAUCUCUGGCAGCAGAGCUGAAAAAGACUUUUAUUUGUCUGAGAACCUGGAGAGCAGCUGCCGGUCAGAGUUGGAAAUAUCAAGCCAGGCACCAUUGGGGAUGGAUUAGGAUUGAGCGAGAGGGAUGUCUACUGCCUUUUCAACGUUAACUGUUGUGAUGCGCUUGGAGUCACACGGCACACAAAGCACCUUGCCAUCAGAAUGUGAAAAAAAUGUUUUAAACAAUGUAAA